UAAAAGCAUCACAACUAACAUUUCAGUUAGAAGCAUAGUUUAUGCACAGGAAAAUUUCAGACUAAAUAUUUUGAAGAUGGAAGUGAAGGAACGAGAGAACUCCGAGAAGCUGAGGGAAUGUCUCAAGAAUGGCACAUUGACUCCGAGAGACCUUGACAACAAGAAGAGAGGGUCCUCCAGAGGCAGAAAAAGACGCAGCAAAGGCAAAAGUGGAAAAAAUGUAACAACAGAAGAUGCGACAAAUACACAGGCGGUGGAUAAUCCACGAAGCACCUCGAAGGCUUCUAAGAUUACCAGACAACCCAAAAUGGAAAGCAGUUCUAAAACUGCAGAAAAAAGUCUCAAUUAAGCUGAAAUCUCAAGACAAGGAAUCAGAAAGGGUUGUACGCAGCAUCCUUGAUGACAUAUUUGACCAGGUUUCCAGAUAUUGUUCUGCUACUAAGAAUAGCGUUGCCAAAGAACAGAAAAAUAUUACCCCCGUCCUGACGGGAGCUUCAGACGAGAGAGUAGUAGCUACCCGAAAUUUCUACGCAGAUCAGAAAAGGGCAACACAGCUGUUAUUAUAUACAGCAGCAGAGGAAAAUGUGAAGGACUUGAUCUUGUGUGUAACAACACGUCGUCACGAUAUUCCUAGCCCCGACGAGGAACAAAUAUCUAAAACUGCCCCACUCAGAUUUGCAAUUUAUGACGCACGACAGAGGGCAUACCAACAGUGGAUGACCACACAGAAAUUGAAAAUGCAAAAGUUAUUGUAUAAAGCGGCACAGGAAAAUGUGGACGACCUGAUAAUCCAAGCAACUACUAACUGCGAUAUUCCUGGAACAGUCAAAGUAGAAGUGGAUGUGUCUACCUUGGUGCGAUCUGUUUACAGACCAAUUACAGUAGAGGUGGAUGUGCCUCCCUUUGCGCGAUCUGUUUACAGACCAAAAACAGUAGAGGUGAAUGUGCCCAGCUUGGUACGAUCUGUUUACAGACCAAUUACAGUAGAGGUGGAAGUGCCCACUUUGGUACGAUCUGUUUACAGAUCAAUUACAGUAGAGAUGGAUGUACCUAGCUUGGUACGAUCUGUUUACAUACCAGUUACAGAGGAAGUGCCUACCUUGGUCCGAUCUGUUUACAGACCAAUUACAGUAGAGGCGGAUGUGUCUACCUUGGCACGAUCUGUUUUCAGACCAUUUACAGCAGAGGUGGAUAUGCUUAGCUUGGUACAAUCUGUUCACAGACCAAUUACAGUAAAUGUGGAUGUGCCUAGCUUGGUACGAUCUGUUUACAGACCUGUUAAAGUAGAGGUGGAUAUACCUAUCUUACUACAAUAUGCAGAAUAUGAUGCCAGACUGAGGGCACUCUUUGGAAAGAAGAACGCUGAGAAAUUAACAAUGCAAAAGACUAGGUACAACACAGCCUCGGAGGUCGUUGAAGACCUGUUUACCUGCGCAGUCAGUAACACAAGCUUAAAGACUUUAUCUGAACCAGAUGUAAGCGACGAAAUGGAGGAUGAUCCUGAGCCAACACAGAAAGGCUGGAGAAGAUUCUUUUGUUGUGUCAAAGCAAAGAAACAACAGAAGAAAGGGAAGUUUGGAUUGCUUACCAGACUGCGCCGCUUGUUUAACUGUCGCUAAAUUGUCUGAAAGUUCUAGUUUAUCAUUUGAAAAUAUGUGUAUAUAGAGAACAUUUUUUUAA